GCAAGCCAUGCUAACCUGACUUAUGCGUAUUUGGGUCACCUCAUUGUGGAUAUUGAAGGGGUAAGGGUCGAUGUCACAGGUGCUUGCGAUCACGAGUUGACUGUCGAUCUAGGCACGGAGUUUUAUAGAAUGUAUAACCACGAACUUGUCUCACCCCGUGAUCUAGGGGACUGAAAGGGUCCGAAGGUAGGCGAUCGCACAGCUGCAACUGAAGACUCUCCAGUUAAAUAAUCUUUAUGAGGCCGAAAAAAAUCAGUAUUUGGGUUACACACACUGAGCGACUGUGCUAUCUCGUCUGUGUAAAAACAUUAUCUACGACUGUGCACUGCCAGGAUACGAACUCUGCAGAUCGUGAUGCGGGAGUAGUCGGCCGUUGUUGUUCAUCGAUCAGCGGUAAGAGGGAAAAAACACAACAAUCAGUGUAAUCGGAUACGACAAUUACAACGACCAGCGCCCUUUUAAUAGAUGAAUUAUAUAGCCAAGGUCACGAGAUGUGAAAAAUAAAGGAGAAAGAAUCAAGUGAGUGAGUACAAGCACAACUGUCAAUAAUGUCUAGGGGUGCAGAAGAUAGUCUUCUGGCCCUUUUGGAGGCUAUGUUGACUCUUGCAGCACAGGACAUUGGCAUACGGCGACCUAAACCAGCAAUCAAACCAGGAGGCUAUCCAGAAGAAAUCUUUGUAGACCUCACAGAGGAAGAGAAGGACAAUAUAACAUGCAAUAUCUGUUACCAGAUUCUGAAAGAUGCCAUGCAGUGUGAGAAUGAACAUAAGUUCUGCCACUCUUGUCUUUUCAUUUGGUCGACGACUGGCCAGUAUGCAAAUCGUAUCCGCUGUCCAGUGUGCCGUGGGCCAGGUCAGUAUUAUCGCAACAAGGAGGUAGAUGACCAGGUGGCCCAAAAAAAGGUUCGCUGUCACUUAGAAUCAUGCAGAUGGGUUGGGCCUCUCCUCCACUUUGGUACACACAAGCAUACAACAUAUGAUGCUGGACUCUGGGCUCAGGAGCAGGAUGAUGAAGACGAGGUAGACUCCUCCAGUGUCCUUGAGCUGCCAUACCUUGGGAGGGCACCACCCCGCCUACCACAUCACAGUCAAUCUCGCUUCACAGGUACAGGGCUUACGGCCAGGUUGGUCCCUGCCAGAACCACCAUUCCUAUGGCCUCAGCUGCUGAUGAAGUAAACCAUAACACAGUACCACAUGUCACUGGUGCACUUCUGAGUGGCAGCAGCCCAAGGACAGGUGCGGGCAACAUACUUUUUAAAGACAGACGAACUGGUAACACUGUUUCAGUCCCAGGUUUAGGUAGCUCUAACCCUCCUCUGCGUUUGACAGUUCGCCAGCGUGUCCACCCAAUCAGACCGCACGGUCGUGUAGCUAUAUCCCACACAGAUGACAACAACAACCAGCAUGCCAUCCCAUCCAUCACAACCACAUUAGGAUCAAUUCAUCGUGAUGGAUCAGAUGAAAGAAGAACACCAGCUGGAGAUGUACCACACACUCCAAGACCUCCCUCAGGCCCUCGGCCAGCCAAUUCCACUCUGAGGCGCAACUUACCAGUCAUUUCAUCCCAGCGCUUACGCCUGACUAACAUGACCAGCAACAGAAGCAGUGACUGGCUCUCAUCAUCCUCAGAACGUGACAGUAGGGAGGGAGCAGGGGAUGGAGAGGUUGCAGCACCUGACUUCUUCAAUGCUGCUGCCGAGCAACGCUUUGGGCUUGGAGAAAACCUCACACAGAUCCGAGACAGGCUCCAGGAGAGCCGCCAAAGGCUGAACUUGCUCAUGAGCACUUUCAGUGGAGAGCUGGAGAGAUCACGACAAGAAAUGGCCGACUUCCAGAUUGAAAGGGAGCGACAGCGCAGAGAGCAGUUGUCAGAGGUCCGGGAGCUUGGGCGUCGCCUGGGGCAAGUUGCCAGUGAGCUGCGAAGGCUGCUUGAUCAACGUCAUUCAAACCAGCAUGACAGCUCUGAUGAGUGAAUCGCUGUGUAAUUGAGAUUACCCAGUUUAUCUUGUGGAACUUCUCUUUCUCAUCCUGCAUUUCCUUUUAAUUGUUUUUUUUCAUCCACUUUUCUUUCUUCUUCUCACACACCUAAGAGAGGUUCAGCAGUGGAAUGCUAUGAAAUGUGACCAUAUGGAAUUAUCUUAUGGAGUGACUUGACUGAAUCAUUAGGGUGUCUUUCAGUCUGACUAAAUCUGGCUAUAUACAUAUGAAAAUGAAGAGAUGUUUGUGUUUGCAUUUAAUAUCUAUCAGAAUCCUCUUUAUAAUAGAUUACAUGCAUGGUAAAGAAUUGUUUUCAAGAUGUAUCACUUUAACAAUGAUAAACUAAAAUUUUUGUUACAACACCAUUGUUCCUGCGUUUUUCUUAAUGUUUGCUCAUACCUUAGUUUUGUUCUCUGGCUGUUAGAGUUGUUAGGUUUAAUACUCCAGCCCCAACUUUCCCUAUAUUCUCUUCUGCUGUUAUUUUGAUUGGCAGGUUUCCAACAGCUGUAGUUUUUACCUACUAACCCUAACCACAUUUCUAACCCUUUGCUCCAAGCAGUAGAGUAAAGCUUAAUUGUGAAAGAGAAUUAUGGUAAAGAGUUAAACUUUCUUUCUGUUGUUUCUGCUGUUCUCUUUUAUGAGUAACUGAAGUGCCAUUUUAUUCCAAAGGAAUUUUGAGUGAAUGGUUCAGAUGACAUCUGUGUUGUACUCAACUGGACAGGAAGACAAAUCUUGCAAUGAGAACAAUACAAUUAACAUGUUAUAAAUUUCAAGGGUUUGAGAAAUUUGAAGAAGCAGUUUGGGCAUUAGGAAACAGACUUGAGAAACAUAUCAGCCUUUUUGGCUUACACCUGUGGCCAUUGUGUCCUAUUGAAAAUGCUUGCUUUUCCUGUUCUUCUGCAUAUCCUUCUUUCCCUCAUAUUCAUGUGCUUCUAACCAUUCUCUUUCAGUAGCUGAUGACAGAUGAAAUAUGGAAGGAAAUGUUUUGUAAAAUAUUUUUUGAAACUUGCUUCUACAUUUUCUUGUGGCUUGAUAAAAAUAUUACGUAAAUCAUUUUUUUAAUUAUAAGUAUCCGUCCAGGUAUUUCUAUUAAACUGUAAUGUCAUGAUAUUUAUCCAGUUUGUUGCCAUUCUUUAAAGUGUGACUUGUAUUUGAAGAAAUGCCUGUGAACACAUCUGCAUUGAUGGAGCAGUUCUUGUUUUGCACGUUUCAGUUAUGCAAUAGUGUUAAAAUAUGCAAUUAUAUUUAUCUAUAACAGAACUUUUAUUGAAUUCAUGCCUUUAGGUGUUUAUAAUUUUGUGGAUUAUGAGUUAUAAAAAACUGCAUAUAAGAAAUAGUAUGAUGGGACUAAGAAAUGUGAUACACAUGGUGGUAUGAUAAUAAGAUGGGACCAAGGAGGUUGGUACAUUUGUGAUGGUAUGACUGAUAAUAGCAAUUAUGAUGAAGAAGUGAAGGAGGAUUGUUAUGAAACUAUAUGCUUUUUUUUAUUUAUAUCUUGUUAUGGUGUGUUCUGAUUACACUCAAGUUUUUUGUAACAGCACAUUUGAAGAAAGAAAAUAGAAUGAGAUGACUCAUGCAACAUUUCAGGAUCCCAUCCAUAAACUGGAGGUCGUGCAGUGCAGGGUCCUGUAAUUGCAACCAUGCCACACCCUGGAUGUCUGCAGAUAAAAUUUAGGGCCUUUAAUUGCUUUGGUCCAUUGUUUCCAUUUCAGAGUGUUUUCUGCAGCUGUAGCUAUAGAUCUGGUAGAAGAACUAAUCCUUUAUACUCAAUGAAAAAAAAAAAGUGGCAGUCACUAUAACUUUCGGCAUUUAUCUACAUGCCUCCUUCAGCAAUUAAAAGUUAAGUAACUGAUGUGUUCAGUGAACACCACCCAGUAGCUAUCAAUCCUAGACAUAGCCGCAUGUGUCUUAUCUAUAACUAAGGCUCCAGAAAGUUCUAUGUUCUGUCAUGUCAGUAUUUAAUAUGACAUGAUGAAGUAUAUGCCUUGUAUAUGGAGGGUAUGUGUGUGUGUGUUUGUGCAAGAGUGUCCAGCCACAUGCAUAUAUGUACAAUGUAUCUUGCUUGUAAUUGCAUUUAAAAUCUGUCUUGAAUCCAUGUAUGGGUUAUUCUUGGUUACUGUGUUGCUAUGAAUUGGUCACCAACUUAGAGAAUGUUUUUAGGCCAUUGCUGCCAUGUUCACUCCUUUUAUUUACUCAGUAUGAUCAAACUGGCAGUGAGCUACUUAAACAUCAGUUUAGUGGUGUUAAGUACCAGAGUGUUAAGUAUUGGCAAGGUGUUACAUUCAUUCAGCUGCACGUGUUGUGUGAUCGGUUAUAAAUGUAAUUACUAAAAGUGUCCAGUUAUGAUUUUAUCUUAGUUAGGAGAGUUGUUCACAUAUCAGCAAUUGUCCAAUGGGAGGAAUUUUCAGGGGUUGUAGUUUUCCAUGAAAGAAAAUCAUCUUCGUACUUUGUGCAGUCAAUAUCAAUAACUCCACCAUACUAAAUACUAGUUGCAGUGGUGUGCUUAUUUCACCUAUAAAUGAUACUUCACUAAUAGCACAGAAUUUUACGUUUGCUUAACUACCUACAAUAAUAAUCCGUAUGUCAUUGAUCAUGUGAUUUAUUCUACCAGUGAUUUUCUUGUUAAUUAAUUAGUUAGUUUUCAGUUGACAAUCAGUAUUAGAUUGCAUAUCUUGUGCAGUUUUUGUUUCUAGUGUUUCCUUUGAUUUUUGUUUUGUUGACAUUAUUUUCAUCUAUAGAUUUUUCUCAACAAUUUUAUCUCAAAUCAGUAUUUAUUAGAUACAAUUAGUAGAGUUCAUUUUCCCACAUGUAGAAAGAGGCAAUGUUUGAAACUAGUGAAUUCUUCCCGUUAAGGUGAAUUGCAGGUGUGUCAAUUUUAUUAGUGUUAAGUGGUAGACUCUGGCUCAUGAUAUGAGAAGUUUGGAGGAAGUCAUAGUUUGCUUAUGGCCGCUAGUAUCGUGUGAAGAUCAUUUGCCAAAAAAUGAAGUUACUUCCCUUCCCCCACCCUACAAGUGCUAGUGAUGUGUGUGUGUGGUACAGUCAGUAUUCAACCCAGAAUGUGAACAGAUUAAAGGUAUAGUGAAGGCUGUGAUGGCAAUGAUAAGGCUAUGGCAUGCUGUGUGACGUCAGCAAGGGAGAGGAAGGGCCUUUGUUGGGAUUUGAACUCAAGUAAUCGGUGUUGUGUUGUUAGUUGGAUUAGUGAUACAGUGUACAUAUUACUGAUAACAAUCAAGAUGGCUAUGAGCAGUAUCCAACAUUAUUGCAUCAGUAGUAAUUUUGUGUAGUGCACUUUUGCAUAUGAAACACAAUACCAGUCUGUUAAAAUAUGAAAACUUUUAACAGGUGUGACACAAGUUUUAGGUUUGUGGCUGUGACAACCAGUCUAGAAAUAUUUCAGUUAAUAAAUGCUUUAAGUUUUUAUUUUAAUGAUGUGAAAGUGCGUGUACUGAUAUUGUGAUAAUUCAUACUAGUAUGUAUUUAAAUAACAAAAAACUAUGGGACACUUCAUUCUGUUCAGAUGUGGAAAGUAUUGAUUUACAGCAUAUGAACAAAUAUAUGUGACUCCCAUACAGAACAAAACACAGUUUUCUGCACAAGUAUUUGCAACAUAUUCAAUAAUUUUUACUGGAAAAAACCAUCAGACAGAAAGGUAUGAAAUCUUUUCAUUUAAUUAGGUAAAUCUUGGAGUUACAGCUGUUGAUAUAGGAGCCCAAAGACUAGUUUUAAUAUUUGAAUUUUUCCAGAUGUAAACAAAAAAUGAGGGCACAGGUCAAGCCAGCAAGUGACUUGCAUUUUAGAGCCUUUCAUGCACUAAAGUUGUUUUUCAUUAUCAUGAGUAAUGGUUAUUCAUUUUGUUUUCUUCAUAUGUGACCAUUAGAAUCCAGCUGCCUGCAGGACUAGACAGCACAGUGAUCAUAUUUUUGGCAUAACCCUGUGCCCAAAAAUAUUUUUUGAAAAUUCCAUUGUAUUAUGCUUAAUUUUCUUUGGAUUUUACAAGAAUGUGCUCUUUUAUGGAGGAUUGAGGAACAGUUUAUUUCUGUUUAAAGUUUGACUACAAUUUUGGUUUGUCUUCCCGUUGUGUUUAUUUUGUAUGUUGAAAAAGUUUGAAAUUUAUUUGUUAUCCGAGUAACAGUGUGAAUUGUGCAAGGUCAUGUAGUCAUCGAGUUACAUAAAACGAUGAAUGGCCUUACUUACCCCCACCCCCCACCACCCUGUUACUCUGUACUGGAAAUGAAAUGCAUGUCUCCGUGCAGCAUUUCUGUAGUGGUCACACAUUUUCUGUAGGUCGGGAGGAGUUGUUCAUAUUACUUUUCACCCCACCCUUGACUCACCAUUGAAAGAUGUUUUUGUCUGAUCUGUGUUGCUAGUCAUGCGAUUGCAUGUGAAUAUUAUGACGUUGCAGGACUUACCAACAUACUGAUAAGAGAUUUUGCUAUUUAGGCCAUAUUUAGCACUUUCCUAUGUGUGUUGCUAUGGAGAUAUCUUGAAUUUUUUUUGUGUGGGUGAGACUGCACUGAAGGUAGAUCCUUUGCAUCGAAAAGGUGCUCAGUGGCAUCAAGCAAACUCCAUAUGAGAGAACUGGUAAAUAAUUUUGCUGAAGAAUAAAUACCAGUGAUAGUAACAAGAA